AUGCCACUCAAACGACCUCGUCCCACGGACUUCUACUCGGAUUCUGAAUCCGAGGAAUCUUGGGAUGGUGACGGUCGUGAUUCCAACGAUGAAGACGACGUCACUGAAGAUGGAACCUUGGUGAUUGGCAUAGAUUUUGGAACUACAUACUCUGGUGUUGCCUGGGCUACUGUGAAUGAGCUAGAGGAGGACAUCAAUUCCAUCAACAUCAUCUACAGCUGGCCCGGCACAGGCAGAGAAGAGGGCAAGGCGCCAUCCGAGCUCUUCUACAAGAACGGCGAGGCACUCUGCGGCUUCGAGGUUCCUUCAGACGCUAAGCCUAUCAAGUGGUUCAAGCUGCUUCUGCUAAAGGACGAAGAUGUUCCCAGCGCUCUUCGUUCCUCGAGCAUCCUGGCCCAGAGUCGCAAAUUCUUGAAGAUGCACGACAAAACCGCCGUCGACGUCAUCGCCGACUACCUCAGAGUGCUGUGGAAGCACACCAUGGACACCAUCGUCAGAAGUCGCAGCGAGCUGGUCGUGAACGCUUUGCAGUUCAGCGUCGUGCUGACCGUGCCUGCAAUCUGGAAGGGUUACGCACGCCAGGCCAUGGAAGAGGCUGCCAAGAAGGCCGGCAUACUCGACAAGCGCGCCGCUGGUCCGACCACGUUGACCUUUGUUCCGGAGCCCGAGGCUGCUGCUUUGGCAACCCUCACUGAGACCGCACGGAAGGUUGAUAAGGGUGGAAUCUAUAUCAUCUGUGACGCUGGAGGUGGUACCGUGGAUCUCAUAACCUACAAGAUAGACCAAGUGAAGCCAAUCAAGAUGAGUGAGGCCAUUGAAGGCAAAGGUUCUCUUUGCGGUGGCGCUUUCAUCGAUGCAGAGUUCGAGAAGCUAUGCAAAGACCGACUAGGGGAUAGAUGGCUCUGUCUAAGUCCUUCCGACGUCAAAGAGCUUCUCAAGGGAGAAUGGGAAACUGGCAUCAAACCACAGUUCAGGCCGGGCGCCGCUCAAGAAUUCACCGUUCGCGUCCCCGCCGAGGCCUUUCUUGGCUCGGGCAGCUUCACCGAUACAUCCAGGGAGCCGCACAUCAAGAACGGCCGAAUGUUUCUCUCGUCCAAGCUAGUCGAGUCGACUUUCAAGGGCUCAUUUGCUGGCAUCGACAAGUUGGUAAACGAGCAGAUUGAGCUGGCGAUGCGCAAGCAUAAAAAAGUCAAUGGCAUCAUUCUCGUCGGUGGUCUUGGAGGCAGCCCACAUCUAUAUCAUCACCUCGAUGCCAUCCAUGCGAACUCGGGCAUCGUCGUCAUGCAGUCCACUGGAAUGAAACCCCGCACUGCGAUCUGUCGUGGCGCCGUCAUCAAGGGCUUCCUGGCUUCAGAGAGCAGCUUGCCGGCAGCCAACUCACGGAUCCUCGUCACGUCCACAGUGUCUCGCGACAGCCUUGGCAUAGUCUAUCGCGAAGAGUUCAAACAGGGCAAGCACUUGGAAGAGGACAAGGCAUGGGGAAAGCAAGAGCUUACAUAUCUUGCUAUCAACCAAAUGCAAUGGUUUUUGAAAAAGGGACAGAGCGUGUCGAGCAAAAAGCCCGUCCGCCACAAGUUCUACGAGCUCCUCAACCCAGACACGGGACUCAAGCCCUCUAUCGAGAUCGAGCUGUACCAGUGCGACAGGGAGAAGCCGCCGCCCCGCAAGGAGGACUGCGUCAAGCUCAGCUGCAAGAUGAGCUUCACGCUCGACGUGCGUCCCGCCGACCUGGAGCCGUGGGCCAACUCCAAGGGUAAAAAGUUCAAAAAGUUCAGCUACGAGAUCGAGAUGAUACCCUCGGGCGCGUCGCCGCAGUUUGUGUUUUGGGUCAACGGCAGGAAGCAGGGUUCGCACAACGCCCACAUCACCUACGCCUGA